AUGGGGGAAUUUAUCAGUGAUGCGCUCACCCAGGAAGUGCCUUUGAAUCAAUCAUCGAAUGAAACACCGGGAAAUGUUGUUGCAAGCAACUUCGAAACCGACGAGGGAACCCCACCCCAUCCAGAUGACGCCGAUACCGACGACACUCACGUUCCCUUCCCCAUCGCAAUUGUGGGCAUGGCCAUGAGACUGCCCGGGGGCGUGAGCUGCGAGAAGGAAUUCUGGGACUUCUUGAUCAAUAAACGCGAUGGGAUGUGCAAAGUUCCAGAUACCCGAUACAACAUUGAUGCUUUUCAUGAAGACUCUAGACCGGGUGCGAUUCGAACACAGAACGGAUACUUCCUUGAACAUGACAUCAGGCGAUUUGACCCAGAGUUUUUUGGGAUCAGUAAGAUUGAGGCUGCAAAGCUUGAUCCGCAACAAAGAAUGUUACUAGAGGUUACCUGGGAGUGUAUGGAGAAUGGGGGCCAAACGGGAUGGAGAGGAAAGAACAUCGGAUGCUAUGUCGGUGUCUUUGGCGAGGAUUGGCUGGACGUGAAGAUAAGGGACCCCCAGGAUCAUGACCGGUAUCGGGUUGUUGGAGCCGGCCCCUAUGCCCUCUCGAACCGUGUUUCGUAUGAGUACGAUCUUGGAGGCCCAAGUGUGACGAUUCAGACAGCCUGCUCAUCGUCCAUGGUAGGACUGCAUGAGGCUUGCCAGGGUCUCUACUCUGGUGAAUGCUCUUCUGCCUUGGUGGCAGGCACCAAUCUCAUCUUUACACCAACCAUGUCGACAUCAAUGUCAGAUAAUAUGGUGAUAUCAAAGAGUGGUCUUUGCAGGACGUUUGAUGCGGCAGCAGAAGGUUAUGGAAGAGGAGAGGCCAUCAAUGCUAUAUUGAUCAAGCCUUUGGAUAAAGCUCUUCGGGAUGGUGACCCUGUCCGAGCUGUUAUUCGCUCCAGCGCGGUAAACUGCGAUGGGAAGACCCCUACCAUUUCAACCCCUGGGCAUGCAGCGCAAGAGAGGUUGAUCAGAAGAGCGUAUAGGAAGGCAGGACUUGAAGUGUCAUCAACUGCGUUAUUCGAGUGCCAUGGCACAGGGACGACUGUCGGAGAUGUAGCAGAAACAUCUGUUGUGGCGAAGAUUUUUGGGGAAAAAGGCAUUCACAUUGCAGCGGUGAAACCCAAUGUUGGACACGCCGAAGGUGCAUCUGCAAUCACGAGUGUUAUACAAAGUGUUUUGGCGCUGGAGAAUAAGACAAUUCCGCCCAAUGCUCACUUCCACAAUCCAAAUCCGAACAUCCCGUUUGAAAAGGCAAAGUUGAAGGUGGCCGUGGAGCCUACCCCUUGGCCAACGGACCGAAGCGAAAGAAUAAGCAUCAAUUCAUUCGGAAUUGGCGGAACAAAUGCUCAUGUUAUCCUUGAUUCUGCUUCUUCCCUGCAACAGAAUGCCAUAUCUACAGAUGUAGAUGACCAGGGCCUCCGACUUCUGGUUCUCUCUGCAAAAUCAAAAGAUUCAUUGAAUGGCCAGAUUGAGAAUCUCCAGAAGUAUCUUGAGACGGCAAAGUCAUCCUUGGGCGACGUUGCAUAUACCUUGGGUUUUAGACGAGAACACAUGGCGCAUCGGGCAUUUGCGCUCGCAGACGGGGACGGGAAAGUCUCGUCGUUUGAAAGGUCCACGUCUGUCAAGGAACCUAUCAUCUUCACAUUUACCGGCCAAGGUGCCCAGUGGCCUGGAAUGGGCAGGGAACUGAUCCAACAAAUCCAAACCUUCCGGGAAGAUAUUCAGAUGAUGGAUGGAGUCUUACAAGGGCUAGAGAGCAGACCGUUGUGGUCUAUUGAAGACGAGCUUUUGAAAUGCGACGAUGAAAGUCGAGUCGCAGAAGCGGAAUUUGCACAGUCCCUCUGUACAGCCGUUCAAAUAGCUCUUGUUAAUCUUCUUCGGACUUGGGGUAUUACGCCUGAUGCAGUGGUAGGGCAUUCCAGUGGAGAGAUUGCAGCCGCCUAUGCAUCGGGUGCAAUAUCCGCUAAGGUGGCGAUUCUCAUCGCUUAUUUCCGUGGCCAAGCGAUGAAGAAUCUGUCCUCUGAGCGUCCGGGUGGAAUGGCAGCUGUUGGUCUUGGCUCCGAAAAGGCACGGCGUUUCCUGAAGCCGGGCGUCGUCAUCGGCUGCGAUAAUAGUCCGGAUAUUGUCACGCUAUCAGGCGACAUCGAUGCCCUCAAUGAGGUUUUGGAUGAUAUCCAUGCUGACGACCAGGGUACAUUCUGCCGGAAACUCGCCGUGAAUGUGGCCUACCACUCACACCACAUGGCUGACGUUGGGGAAGUGUAUGAGAAGAUGGUCUCUCCCUAUUUCUCAUACCAGCCCUCAAUGGUCCCCAUGUACUCUACUGUUUCCGGAACCAUCGUAUCGGACCCGUCAACUCUGAGCCCCAGGUACUGGCGGAAAAACCUUCAAUCCCCCGUCCUCUUCAACACAGCAAUCGAAAGGAUCCUGAAAGACGACGACCAGUCAAAGCUCUUCCUGGAGAUUGGACCACACUCAGCGCUGUCUGGCCCUAUCCGGCAGUCACUAGCCAAGGCUAAUACCAAAGAGCACCGCUAUAUCCCGACUAUUGUCAGAGGCAAAGAACCAUGGAGAAGUCUUCUGGCCACAGCUGGGAACCUCUACACGCACGGUGCAUCCAUCAGUCUUCAUUCUCUCAUUCCACAAGGCAAGGUCGUGACAGAACUCCCCACAUAUUCGUGGCAGCACAACGAGAUAUAUUGGGAUGAGCCUCGUAUUGUUCAUGACUGGAGACAUCGCCAAUUUCCCCACCACGAGUUGCUAGGCUCGCGGACACUCGAGUCAAACCAUUUGGAGCCAUCUUGGCGGAAUGUUCUGAAAAUAGAAAACGUCUUGUGGUUGAUGGGCCAUGUACUUGGCACUGAUGUUGUCUUUCCUGCUGCUGGUUAUCUUGCCAUGGCAGGUGAAGCUGUGCGGCAAUUGACUGGAUCCACGGACUUCUCCCUGAGGAAUGUAUUCAUCCGAACUGCACUGAUUCUAGAGGACACUGCAGAGAUAUUCACAAAUCUGCGACCUGUGAAACUCACAGAUCUUGUCGACUCCGUGUGGUUCGACUUUACCAUUUCGGCCUAUCAAAACGGAAAAUGGAAGAAACAUGUCGUCGGCCAGGUUCGCGGAGGACCUGACCAGGAACAUGAUGUCCCCAGAAGGCAGAUCUAUUCCCGUCAGGUUGACGCCGACAAAUGGUACCGUGAGGUGAAAAAACGUGGCUUGGACUAUAGCUCCCAUUUCAGGGGACUUGAGCAGAUCACCGCCAGUCCAACUACUCUCCAGGCUUCUGCAGUUGUACAUGGAAGUGAACCGCCGCCCCGCAGUUACUAUGCUCUCCAUCCGACCGUGAUUGACGAAUGUCUGCAACUCCUUAUAAUAGGAGCGACACAGGGCAUCUCGCGUCGAAUGACAAAGAUGUGUCUUCCUACUGCCAUCGAGUCUCUAUACAUUAGUGAAGGCCGUGGGCCAAUGGACUUGAACGUUGUCUGCGAGACCACCGGUGGUACCAUACAAGGAUCGUCGACUCUCUUCACAGACUGUAUGGUGAAUCUUCGUUUGGAAGGGGCCUUCUUCUUCGGCAUUCAUGAUUCUGAGUCGGAUGGCUCAAAUGCGCUGCUGGCAUCAAAUGUACACUGGAUGCCACAUAUUGACUAUAUCCCCCUUGAAAAGCAGCUUCCACCUCAUGAACCACUUUUCAACGGGCAGCUGGGGGCAAGGGCAACGAGUGGAUAUGUGGUUGAAGCAUAUCGUCGCACAAGGCAGUCGACUCCCACCGCGGAUCAUCUCAAGAGAUAUCACACCUGGCUGAAAGAUCUGUAUCAUAAGAUUCAGGAACAGUCAUCUGAUUUGGUCCCGGAGAUGAGGGAAGUGGAUGUUUCUGUCCUUGGCCAUCACGGUCCCUACGCCGAUGCAUUGCGCAAAGAAAUGCGCGAAAUCCAUCCUGCGAUGAUGAUUUCUCACCGACUCGCCGAAAGACUCUGCUUUGCGCUGCACGACAUUUUGGAAGGUCGCACCAGUCCCCUCGAACUCCUCAUGCAGGAUGAUGGGAUGAAAGAUUUCUUUGACGCCAUGGCUACGGCUUCACCCUGUGAAGACUUCCUCGCAUUACUGGGUCAAUCCAAUCCAAAGCUUCGGAUCCUCGAGAUUGGCGCUGGAACCGGUGGCUUGACAGCGAUUGCCCUCAAGGCUCUCAGUCCAGCCAGUGGCCGGCUUUACUCCCAAUACACAUUCACGGACAUAUCGGCGGGUUUUAUAGGAGAUGCUCAAGAGAGAUUUCAAGAGUACGAUGCCGUCGAAUACGCAACCCUUGAUAUCACCCGCGAUCCAGAAGGACAGGGCUUUACUCCGGAAAGCUAUGAUCUGAUCCUAGCUGGCAAUGUGCUUCAUGCAACGCCUCAGAUAUCCAGCACACUACAGAAUGUCCGCAAGCUUCUGGCCCCCGGUGGACGUCUACUCAUGCAAGAGCUCAGUGGGGAUGUUCCUUUGAUCAAUUUCCUCAUGGGGGUCUUGCCUGGCUGGUGGCUCGGAGAGAAUGACGGUCGCAUUGACGGUCCAGCAUUGUCUGAAGAGCGGUGGCAUGAAGAGUUGAUCAAGGCAAACUUCACCGGUGUGGACGCCGUGCGAUAUGCCAAUGACAGACGCUUGAGCCACGUAGGGGUGUUCCUGUCGGGAGCCAAAACUGUCGACAUGAAUAAGGAAGGGGGGCAAAUUGGAUUACUCUAUUUGUCACAUAUCUCAGAAUGGGGCCGAGAGGUCGAAAAAGCGCUUUCCCUUGCAGGCUAUGCGGUGACAUGGCACACAUUGCAGGACGCACCCCGGUCUGGGUCGGAUAUUAUUUCUCUCAUCGACCUUGAAGGCCCAUUCUUCGAGCACCUGUCAGCCGAUGAAUUCUUGCUGUUUCAAAGCUACGUAUCUAAGUUAGCUGGUAAUCAUCUCCUUUGGAUCACAAGGAGUGUCCAAAUCACUUGUGAAGAUCCUCGUUUUUCAUUGGUGUUGGGGAUGGCUCGAACACUGCGUUCAGAACUGGGUCACAAGUUUGCGACUAUGGAAAUUGACCGGUUUGAUGGCAUUGCCGUCGCUUCCGUUCUCAAGAUCCUUGAGGCUUCGAGGGUUCAAUCCGAUCGGCCCUGGCUGGAUGCAGAUUAUGAAUAUGCUCUCCAGGAUGGCAAGAUUCUUUUGCCGAGGCUUCAAUGGUCUUCAUUGGAUCAACAGCUGGCUGGCCUGCCACACCGAGCGGCACCAAGGUCAUUGGAUAUCAAAUUCAAUGGAAUUUUUGAUUCUUUACGGUGGGCGAUGUCCAUGUCGCCAAUCUCACCACCCGAAUUGAAAGAAGAUGAAGUUGAAGUGGAUAUAAAAUACGUUGGUUUAAAUUUCCGGGACAUGAUGAUCACCAUGGGCUUUCUGGGAGAUACGGAUCAGUUGGGCUUCGAAGGCAGUGGAAUUGUUCGCCGCGUAGGAUCGUCUGUUGAGCAUUUGCGAGUCGGCGACAGAGUCGUUUGUCUCACUGAUGGGCUCUUCAGCACGAAAGUAGUGGUCCCGGCUGUUCUUUGCCAUCAUCUCCCCGGAGAAAUGUCCAUGGAAGAUGCGGCGGCCGUAUUAAUUAUUUUCGCCACGGCGAUAUAUUGUCUGAUCACGGUUGGAAACCUCCAAAAGGGCCAAUCGGUCCUGAUCCACUCAGCUUGCGGAGGCGUUGGACUGGCUUCAAUCCAGGUUUGUAGAAUGAUCGGGGCAGAAAUAUACGCCACGGUUGGGACAAGUGAUAAGGUUCGCCAUCUCACUGAUGUCAUGAAAAUCCCAGCAGACCAUAUCUUUGAUUCCAGAAGCACAUCAUUCUUGCAGGGCGUGCUUACGGCGACAAAUGGACGCGGUGUUGAUCUGGUGCUGAACUCUCUGUCUGGUGAACUCCUUCAUGCCUCGUGGAAAUGCGUCGCCAGAUUCGGCAAGAUGGUCGAAAUCGGAAAGCGAGACUUUUUGGGCCACGGCAAACUCGACAUGGAUGUCUUCCUCAACCACCGUUCCUUCUCUAGCGUGGAUCUCAGAAUGCUAUCGCUUGAGAAUCCGAUGGCGCUACGGAGCCUGGCUGAUCAAUUCGCCGAUUACUUCAAGCAGGGGAAAUUGGCACCAAUCAGACCGGUGACGGUGUUCGACGCUUGUGAUAUUGUCAAAGCAUUCCGUCACAUGCAAACGGGCCAGCACAUGGGGAAGAUUGUAGUGAGAAUGCCCGAGGACCCAGAAAGUCUGCCAAUCACCAAGAUACAUGACCCCGUUUCAAUCUUCAGAUCGGACGCCUCCUACCUGUUGAUCGGUGGGCUCGGAGGACUUGGUCGAGCUGUGAGUAUCUGGAUGGUCGAAAAGGGCGCUCGCCAUUUCAUAUUUCUCUCUCGGUCCGGUGCUCAGUCGCCUGAUGCUCAAGGCUUUAUCAAAGACCUGGAAAGCCACGGCAUGGUCAGCGCGACUGUGGUGACUGGUGAUGUUUCCAACAAUGGAGAUGUCCAGCGGGCUCUUUUUGCAGCAAAACGCCCCAUCGCAGGCGUACUCCAAAUGUCAAUGGUACUCAGGGAUCAAAUGUUCUCUAAAAUGACCUACGAGGAAUGGGCAGCCGUCCUGGCGCCCAAGGUUCAAGGAACAUGGAAUCUCCAUUUCGAGCUCCACAACAUCCCACUUGACUUCUUUGUUCUCUUCAGUUCUGUCACAGGUAUCAUGGGUUUUGGCAGCCAGGCCAAUUACGCUGCAGCCAAUACGUUCCUCGACUCAUUUGUCACAUAUCGUCACUCGCAAGGACUACCAGCAAGUGUACUUGAUAUUGGUUUCAUGGGAGAUAUCGGUUACGCAGCUGAGCAAAGCCCACAAACGUUGAAAGCCAUCACUACCAUCGAUGGUCAGAUCCUCGGAGAAAGAAAUCUACUUCAAGCUUUAGAAAUUUCCGUGUUCUCUCAAUUCCCUCACCACUCAUCGCAACUCCUCUUGGGCAUGGGAACAGCGACUCCCGGUGUGGAACCUAUGGUGCAGGAGGGUCGUUUCAGCCGUUGGCGGAAUGCUGCUGUAAGCGGCAAAGCAACAACUGUCUCUAGGUCCCACGAGUUACGCUCCCUUCUGAACGAAAUUGAACAAAAUCCCAAAUUGCUGGAUGAGCAAUCCACCCAUGACAAGAUUACAGUCGAGUUGGGUAAGGUUGUCGCUGCUCAUCUUGCCUAUUCGGAGGACAUGAGCAAAGAGGAGCUUGCCAAUAUUGCAAUCGAUUCAUUAAUGGGCAUUGAAAUUCGCAGUUGGUUUCGCCGUAACGCCGCCAUCGACAUCUCCCUGGUCGAGAUAUCGAAUGCUGGCACCGUUGGAGGGCUUGCCACUGUUGCGGUGAAGACGCUGCGCAAGAAACACUGUGAUGGAGAAGAAGUUUCCAGUCCAAAUACCCCGCCAUCCUCGGCUGAACCGGAUGAAUUGGAAGUUUGUUUGGAGGACAUGAAGCUGGGUAGUGACUUGCGACCUCUUCCUGGACCUAUCCCUGACUGGUGCUCCGAAUCCGAAGGGCGAAUCUUCUUGACUGGUGCAACAGGAUUUUUGGGCGCAUUUUUCCUAUUGGAUCUCCUUGCUCUCCCGCAAGUAAAGAGCGUCACUUGUCUGGUUCGAACAACUGAUCCCGAGUCAGGCAAACGGCGGAUUGAAAAGACACUUUCCCGAUACAGCCUGCCCCUCGAUGGUCUGAGCAAGGUCACUGUGGUCCCUGGCAGUAUUGCCUAUCCGAACUUGGGAAUGUCAAAGGAAGACUUCGACCACCACGCUCAGACAUCGAGCGUUGUCUUCCACCUUGCAGCCCAUGUCAACUAUACCCUUCCUUACUCUGCUCAUCGUGAUGCUAAUAUCACUGGACUUCUCAAUGUGCUAGACUUUGUCAAUGCUGGCCGUCUGAAGCCUUUGAAUUACUGCUCUAGUAUCGCAGCGUGCGGUCCCUCAGCGUAUCUCUCCGGUGGCACUAUCCCCGAGGACGAAAGGGUCAUGCUUGAACGCAAAUUCUUUGAGUUGCAUGUUGGAUAUACCAGAACCAAGCUUGUUGCGGAGAGUAUUGUGUGGAAUGCAAUCGCCAACGGCUUCCCUAUAACCAUCUAUCGCCCAGGGCUUGUGACGGGUCACAGCGGCACAGGAGUCGACAAGCCUGAAGACCUGUUCAGUCGCCUCAUGACCAACUGCAUCCAACUCGGAGCUUUCCCCAUCCCACCUCCGCAACGCAACCAGAUCGUCCCAGUCGACUAUGUGUGUGCAGCAAUCUUGCAUAUCUCCCAGUCUCAAGAGAAUCACGGCCAUGCCUUCAAUGUCGUUCUCCCAGAUCAAGAUGAAACCAUCACAAUGGCUGAUACAUUCGAGCUAUUGAGCGACUGCUGCCCUAGUCCGCUGCGAGCAGUCUCAUCGGCCGAGUGGCUGCAGAUUUUUAGAGAAAGAGGCAAACAGGGUAUGAAAGUAGCGACUCCGAUGCUCCAAGAACGACUGGCGGACAGUCUGAUCUGGUGGGAUACCACAGGCGGGAUGUCCACGUAUGAAACCACAAAUCUGCGCCGGGCGUUGGCGGACUCUCCGGAAAUUUUGAACGUCAAGCCUAGGCGAGAGCUGCUCCGGACAUACUACACUCAUUGGGAGGCUGCGGCUGCGGAGACAAAUGAUGUCGUUUGA